AAUAUCUCUCUAUCAAUCUCUCCUUCUCCGGAAGAAAAAAGAAAGCCGCUGAAAGUGAGAGCCAAUAGGAGGAGAGUGAGAGCUCUCGCUUUUCUCUAUCUGGCCGUUUUAUGAUUCUAUAGUGUUUUUGCCUUUUACGUUCUUUCGUUCGAAGGGAAACAGCACAACAAUGGCGAUUUAUCGAAGCUCGAGAAGUGGAUUAAUGCGCAGUUUUAGUUUGUCGUUUAGAGUGUUGGCCUCCGCCAUUACCAUUGCAGUGUUUCUCUUCUUCACUGUCUCUUUCCUCUUCACUUCCCAUUCUCACUCUUCUACAGACCUUCACCACUUUGGUUUCAAAAGCAUACCUUCUAGAUUCGGAUCAGGGAGAAGAUCCGUUCUUGCACUGAAAUCGGAUCCGCUGAAGCCUCGGUUGGAUCAGAUCCGAAAGCAAGCUGACGAUCACCGAUCUCUCGCUCUUGCUUAUGCAUCCUAUGCCCGGAAGCUUAAGCUUGAGAACUCCAAGCUUGUUAGGGUCUUUGCUGAUCUUUCUCGAAACUACACUGAUCUGAUUAACAAACCCUCGUAUCGGGCUCUCUUUGAGUCUGAUUCUCUCUCAAUUGAGGAAUCCACUUUGCGACAAUUUGAGAAGGAAGUGAAAGAGAGAAUCAAACUCACGCGCCAAGUAAUUGCCGAGGCAAAAGAAAGUUUUGACAAUCAGUUGAAAAUUCAGAAGUUAAAAGAUACAAUUUUUGCUGUUAAUGAGCAAUUAACUAAAGCCAAAAAGCAAGGGGCUUUCUCGAGUUUGAUUGCUGCGAAAUCAAUACCUAAGAGCUUGCAUUGCCUUGCUAUGAGGUUGAUGGAGGAGAGAAUUGCUCAUCCUGAGAAAUAUUCCGAUGAAGGGAAGGCACCAGCACCUGAAUUGGAGGACCCAAAGCUUUAUCAUUAUGCUAUUUUCUCAGAUAAUGUCAUUGCUGCAUCAGUGGUGGUGAACUCGGCUGUGAAAAAUGCAAAAGAGCCGUGGAAACAUGUUUUUCAUGUUGUGACUGAUAAAAUGAAUCUUGGGGCCAUGCAGGUUAUGUUCAAAUUGAAAGAUUACAAUGGGGCGCAUGUUGAAGUGAAAGCUGUUGAGGAUUAUAAAUUUUUGAAUUCUUCCUAUGUGCCUGUACUCAGACAAUUGGAAUCAGCAAAUCUGCAAAGGUUUUACUUUGAGAAUAAGCUUGAGAAUGCAACCAAGGAUACUACAAAUAUGAAGUUUAGGAAUCCCAAGUAUCUGUCAAUUUUGAAUCACCUGAGGUUUUACUUGCCUGAAAUGUAUCCAAAGUUGCACAGGAUAUUGUUUUUAGAUGAUGAUAUUGUGGUGCAGAAGGAUUUGACUGGGUUGUGGAAGAUCGAUAUGGAUGGCAAGGUGAAUGGGGCAGUGGAAACUUGUUUUGGGUCUUUUCACAGAUACGCACAGUAUAUGAAUUUCUCACAUCCUUUGAUUAGGGAGAAGUUUAAUCCGAAGGCAUGUGCUUGGGCAUAUGGGAUGAACUUCUUUGAUUUGGAUGCAUGGAGGAAGGAGAAGUGCACAGAGCAGUAUCAUUAUUGGCAGAAUCUGAAUGAGAACCGAACCUUGUGGAAACUGGGGACAUUGCCACCAGGUCUAAUCACAUUUUAUUCAACAACAAAACCACUAGACAAGUCAUGGCAUGUUUUGGGGCUUGGAUAUAAUCCAAGCAUAAGCAUGGAUGAGAUCAGCAAUGCUGCAGUGGUGCACUUCAACGGUAACAUGAAGCCAUGGCUAGACAUCGCGAUGACCCAGUUUAAGCCGCUCUGGACAAAGUAUGUUGACUAUGAAAUGGAGUUUGUCCAGUCAUGCAAUUUUGGUCUCUGAUUAAGCAGUGGUUAUGCCAGUUCUGGUGUUGCAGCAGGAAAAAAAGUCAAAUCUUUUGAAGUCUCUAGUUAUUUGUUACACGCAGUCAUCACCAAUUACUUGUGCUUCAUCAGUUAACCUGGAAGCAAAUCAGCAUCUUUUCAAGUGUAGCAUAUUUUACUUGGGUUAAGUCUAGAUUUCUUUUUCUUAAUUUAUACGUGUCAUGCAACUAAACUUUGUUGUAUUUGGCAAAUGUAGCUCUUAAGAAAAUGGUUAUAGCAUUCAAGAAAUUUGCAACUGUUAUGGUAAGCUGAGGGUUUUGAUGAAACUGGAAAGGAGUUGCCGAUAUAUAAUCGUGUUGGGUACAACUAAAGGUGGAAAUAGUUCAAAUUGCUUUUAUGGGCUGAUUUAUGAGAAA